AUGCUGCAGACGCUUUCGCUCAACGACAACCAGCUCACAGGACACAUCCCCAAGGAGCUAGGAGCCCUGAGCAUGCUGCAGACGCUUUGGCUCAACGGCAACCAGCUUACUGGUGAAAUCCCGGCGUCGCUAGGACAGCUCAGCAACCUGCAGAGUCUCCGUCUAAACCGUAACAAGCUCAGCGGUCUCAUUCCGCCGGAGUUGGGAAAGCUCGCAGCACUGCUAAGCCUCAGCCUUGGGGGCAACAAGCUCAGUGGGGGACCUGGCACGAACGAGUCUGUCUCGGCGUGGAUAACCCGGAUGCAGGCGAAGUUGGCCGAGCAGGAACGCGCCGAGCGGGAACGCGCCGAGGAACACGCAAGAUUGGAGCGGGGAGACGUUGGCCGCUGGUUACACCAAGAUCUCGGCUUUGACGACGACAAUUCGGCGGUUUUCGGCGCCAGUCUCCGCGCUCGCCAUCUUCACAGUCCGAAGGCGAUCUCCGCAAUGGACCAGCAAACCCUGGAGGCUGUACUUCGGAGAAUGGAGAUGCCUGAGCUACUGGCUUCUCUUCUCACGGAAGCAUGGCGCAGAAGACGUAAGGAGGACGAAGACCGUCGCCACGCCGAAGCAGCAACAGCACUUGUUGAAGCACGCCAGCGCGCCGAAUCCGCAGCAGAGGAAAGGCGCCGCAGGGAGGAGAAGGAGAUCACCAAAAAGAAACGCGCCGAACAGGAACGCGCUGAGCAGGAACGCGCUGAGGAACACGCAAGAUUGGAGCGUCAACGGGUAAAGGAACUCGAAAGGCAGGAGAUGGUGCGGAAAGCCGGGGACGUUGGCCGCUGGUUACACCAAGAUCUCGGCUUUGACGACCAUAAUUCGGCGGUAUUCGGCGCCAGUCUCCGCACUCGACAUCUUCACAAUCCAAAGGCGAUCUUCGCGGUGGACCAACGAACCCUGGAAGCCGUACUUCGAGAUGUGGAGAUGCCUGAGCUGCUAGCUUCUCUUGUCAUGGAAGCAUGGCAAAGGAGCCGCAAGGAGGACGAAGACCGUCGCCGCGCCCAAUCGGAAGCUGCUCUGAUUGAAGCUCGCCAGCGCGCCGAAUCUGCAGCAGAGGAAAGGCGCCGCCGGGAGGAGGAAGAGAUCACCAAGAAGCAGCUUCGGGAGGCGGAGGCGGAGGCCGAGCGGCAACGUGUGGAAGUAGCUGCGCGGGAGCAACGUGCUCUCCGACAGCAGCAAGCCUUACACACGCAGGUGUGGCGGUGGCUGAAAAUGGAAGCGCACUUCGACGAUACCCAAGCGUCCCGCUACUGCGCGGAACUCAAAGAGCUGGGGCUCAGUAGCACCCAGGCUCUGAAGGUCCAAGACGAGGCGGAGCAGCAGCAACUGACACUCGAGCUCAAGAUGAACAAGUACGAGGCCAGAAUGUUCAUUCAAGCGAUGCAGACUCUUCGCUCCAAACCAGAUGUCUUCGACGUUCCUUCGUCCACGGCGAAUGCCGGCGCCAGCUUCGUGAACCUCAUGCAGCUGCGUGACUGUGGCGGGAUGGCCACUGUUUUCACAGCCAACCAGCUCAUCGGUGGACCGGAGUCAACGGCAACGAGACCUGUGGUUUUAAAGCGCUCCGACAAGGACCAACCGGCGGCUUAUCUCCGAGAGAGCCGCGUCCUUCAAUAUCUCAGUAGACCGGGGGGGGCAGCGGCGGGGUUUGUGGUCCAACUACUGGAGGCCUACACCACGCCUGAGUACAACUUCAUCGCCAUGGAGCAAGGCGGUCAGAACCUCACGGUGCGGGUGGAGGAAUCUAAACGGCUACCGUCCUCUGAGCGAAAGACCCAUCUUGCGUUGUGGGGACAACAAGCCUGCCAGGUGUUGGUGGCUCUGCACGGCCUUGGGGUCGUGUGGGGCGACGUCAAGCCGGACAACUUCGUCUUCCGAGGGGACCGCCUAGUUGCCGUGGACUUCGGAUCGACCUGUGUUGAGGUCGGAUCGACUGCUCAGCGAGAGCUGGGAGCCGAUGCUGACACGUCCUUCACGUCGAGCCCGAGCGAUCAGUUUGCCUGGUCGGUUCAAUAUGCAGCUCCAGAGAGGGCGAGAAACGACCGGCUGGGUAGCCCUUGCGUUGCUCGACGUAGUCAGGACGUGUGGUCGCUUGGGAUGGUGCUGUACUACUUAUCGACAGGAGGCACACCCUACUUCCCGUCGCCGACCCUGACCACAGACAACUUCUGUGUCGAUCUUAGAAGCGUUCGUGGAUCGGCGUGGCGGUGCUCCCUCGGGCUGGCCCUCGAAAGGAGCGUCGACGAGCGUGGGACAGCAAGCGAAGUGCUGGAGGCGUUCACGCGAGGGAUCCAGGGGCUAGUUUCGACAGUCAGCAAGACGAGAGGGAUGGAGUCCCUCGAGCGAAUGCUCGUGGUGAUAUCUGAGGACCAGCAGGAGGUGCUCAGGCGGACAGGAACCAUUUCCGGCAAUGUCGGGCGCGUACUUCAAGAGCAACUUGAUUUCCGACGCCGAGUCGCAACGAUGUCUACCGUGCUAGAGCAUCUGGCGAUGGACGAGAUGAGAAUGCCGCACACAUUCUUGGUCCUUCCCGAGAAACAGAGAAAGCUUCGUCGGCCAAAGCAAUGGUUUGCCGACAGGGGAAGACUACACUUCGUGUGCGCCCACGGGUUAGAGUUGGCGCCUUGUGGAAAGGAUGGUGCGGGCUUCCUCGUGUCUCAACCAAAGGAGUGGAUGAAAAGGCACGCAACGCUCUUGCAAGUUACUGUGAUGGCCAUCCUUGCGGCUGCCGCUGUGGCUGGAACCGCCGCUUCGGGGGGAGCAUUAGGACCCAUCGCCGCUUCGUUGGCGCUGCCGUUCGAGGUGAUCGACCUGGACGAGGCGUACCGGUUUCUGUCGGGCGUUGGGGGCGAGGAGAUGGACCGUAUGCUUGACAACAUCAGCGAUACCCUCGACCCUACCAAGGGCCAGGUGGGUGUGCCCACCAACGUCCGACGUGUGAAGGAGGUCACCGGUGCCGAAUACCGUUCUGUGUUGAACUUCUUGGACACCAAGUGUCAAGGGUGGGAUCGGCAGAUGGGAGGAAUGGAACGGACUCCCUCCGCAGACGGCGUCAUUGGGUGAGUAUAUUACUUGUUGGCAUUUGUGACUGGUGUCGUUCUGCGUUUGCGUUAGCAACACACAUAUAUUUUUUUGAGGUGCAGAGCUCUACCUUUUCGACCUCAAAUACUGUGUACUGUCCCGCCUCAUGUUGCAGGCUGCAGUCACUCUUAACAUUUUGUGUGUCAGCUGCUGUUUGAGUGCACUUUUCGUUGCUAUCUCGAGCGUAACGUCCCGAACAUUACCCUCUUGCCACCCAAUAUAGGUGGGUCUGCCCUCAACAUAGGUCGGAGUGGAAGUCACGUGACGUCAAGGGUGCCAGAGCAAUGACAACGCCGGCAAGCGGCAGCGUCCCUAGCCCAAAUAGGCGGAUGCCAGCUGAACCAGCUGCAGGUUGCAACUGUGUGAUUAGUUGAUCCGUUGUACUGGUAAAUAAAAAUGGCGGGGGUAGAACAGGGGGAAGGAAUCCUGCUCUGUCGCACUUUUAACGGAUGGAUGUAGCACAUCUAGAAAUAGCCAAUACUACAAUGUUUGUAUGUAGGUUGGGUGUUGGGGGACGCUUCCUUGCAUGCGCCGCCUAGGUUAACCGUCUUCUUUGUGAUUCUGGCCAUGUACUCAACAAGCGCCUUUUACUUCUGAUGUUUUGGUACUGCUCUCGGCGCCGCUGGAUAUUCCUAUCGGGUUGCCGUUUUUGUCUAUAUUCCGGGGUGUCACGCACCAACGUAUGGGAUCUUUCAAUUUUCGCAGACGUGGUUUCUCGUAGCUUUACGUUCUUCCUUGUGAGUCCAUCCCAAACCUCGUAGGGUUAAACACGUGGUGGUACACCCUACCCCAGGAGCGUAUUUACCUCCCAAUCCAAACAGUUUUGUCCAGAAUUCGCCGUCGUCUUGGUGUAUACGAGUUGUUAGCGGCUUCGAAAUCUGUUGCUGGUGUCAGAGGCCAGAUAUGUUUCUUCUUUCUUCGCGGGCUGCUCCACUGGACAACAAUUCGGUUGAUUUGGGUCGUGAGGUGUUCGGUCGCCCUUCGAUGAUAUGCCCAUUAUUGGAUGACUUUCUGUGGGUUGUGGUGCGCUCGAAGUCGAGUCUGUUGAAGUUGUGUGAAUUCGCAGGGAAUAUGUAGACCACCACCCCUACAGUAUGCUCGGCCGUGGUCUGUUUUCCUAACGCCACUGGCACCACUUCCCUGGUUCCGGCACGGCCACCUAGAUCGGGGAUCAUGGCUGCAGGCGGGUUGUUGACUGGCUGUUUUUUGCGCUUUCACAGUCUGGUGAGACUUUGAGGGAUUCGGGGUCGAUUGGGGGUAAUUUGGCUCAUAUUCUCGGUGUUGGAGUUGCUCACGGAGCUCCGG